AUUGGAUGUUACAGGCCAUUUGGGACGUUACCACUUCGUAGCUGAUCUCAAAACUGUAUAACUGAUUUUAUACAUAAGUGUAUUUGAAGGUAAUGUAAGGUGACAUAGGAGGUUUUGUGCGUCGCGUAUUUGACACGGGUAGCGACGUGCUUGCGAAUGUGUAUGUGGCUAGUUGUUGCUGCUUGUGUGCAUUUAACCUGGAUACCUCAUCCACAUGACAUUGACCCUAGCCGUCAAGUCCUCGCUUUUAUCCCUUUCAUGUCAUGCGUCAAGCAGGGCAACAAGUACCCUUUUCACGUCUUUUGGUAGGACGAGAGCCGGGGAUCGAACCAGCUACUUACCGUUCACAGGAAAAACGCUCUGCCUAUUACACCACCGAAGCGAUGGGGAUGGACGAAGCGUCUGUAGUUACAAGGGAAGUGCCAAAAACUGGAUUCGUUGAGUAAACGCCAGUACGGUACAAAAAGGAUGUCGUCUGAGACGGAUUUAUUGCAUUCAAAGAUGAUCAAAAGGAUACGGAUAACAACAACAACAAACAUCAACAAUCAGAAAACAAACAAUAAACCUUAUGUUUUGUGAGCCAUGACCCAAAGAUUACUACGUGUCCCAGUAUCUUCAAGGAAUGCUAAAUAAGGCGCCAGUAUUUGCCCCGGCGUGACAAAGCACUUCCUGGUUCAGACCUGGGUACGUCAGGGUGUGCUCCCCAGCCCUACAUAUUUGCGAUCCGAUUGCGGGGAGAGGCGAUAAGCUAAACCUGACUUCAGAUCAGUAAUCUCGCUACCACUGUGCAGUGCUAGGUACAUGACGACCCGGUUUCACAUGAACGUUGCCUCUACUAGAUGACGGGUGUUGUCAGGCUUAAUUGGACAACUAUUGAAUUGAACUGAUACAGAUCACCGAUAAACAUCUGUGCAGUGUGGUGGAUUUUGUGUUCACGUUACAGGACUAAUCUGCGUGGCGGCGUAUCUCAACAUAAGAUUUAUCAUCGCUUGCCAUCUCAGCCUCAGCAACAGGCAGUCACUGAAAGCGUAAUGUAAACAAAAUGUCUGGGCCAAUGGCAGCACAGUGGGGUCAACAACCCACUGGUAACCUUUCAACCCUUGUUGACCCCAACCUCAGUGAAGUAAUUGGCAUCCUGCAUCAACGUUAUCAAGCGCAACACAUAUACACAAAUAUCGGAGACAUCCUCUUGUCCGUGAACCCACAACAAACGAUUCCUCUCUAUGGCUCUCGGGUUGGAGAUUUCUACAGAGAUGUGCCCUCUGCCGUGAGUCAGCAGCCACACAUCUUUAUGACAGCAUGUCGUGCCCAUCGCAACCUGCAGAUACACAACAGGGAUCAGGCUAUUCUUCUGUCAGGGGAGAACGGGUCAGGAAAGACAGAAGCUGUGAAAAUCCUAGUGUCCCAAUUCGGGCGCCUGUCGACAGUCACACCACAUCAGGGUCCUCCACAGAGCGAUGUAGCCAGUCUGCUCAAUGCGGCAAUGUCCCUGUUGGAGGAGUUUGGCAACGCGGAUGUCGGUAUCAACCGCAACUCCAGCAGACACGGCAAGCUUGUGGACCUCGCGUGGGAUGACGGGAAGCUCGUCGGAGCCGAAAUAAUGGUUUGGGGUCUGGAAAAGAACCGCGUGAUGUUCUCAGAACCCGGGGAAAAGAAUUUCCACGUCUUCUACAGAAUGUUGGUUGGAUUCGACCAGGAAAUGCUGACACGACAUAAACACCAUCAGUCCUACAGAAUCCUGGAGCCGAGUGAUGGGGGUCAGAUAUACCGGGACGUAUCUGACGCAGAGGAGAACAAGGCACAUUAUACAUACCUCCGCGAAUAUCUCAAUACACUCGGCAUAGAACACCAGACGUUCCGAUCAGGCCGACAGACAGCAGGGAACGCCAUAUUUGAAGUUUUGAGUGCAUUGUUGCAUCUUGGGAACAUUCAUUUCGCGCCAGAUCCGGAAUCGGAUGCAGCUUUUGUGGCAAACCAGACGGAAGUUGAGGCAGCUGCCGAUUUGUUGGGAGUUCAAGCGCAGGACAUUUCUGGGUUGUUCUUGACACGCUUUGGAUAUUCAGGAGGUCAACGGAUGAUGUAUAGGCGGGAUACAAGCGGCGCCAGUCUGACCAGGAACUCUUUAGUUCGGCACAUCUAUUUCCAGCUCUUUGAAUGGGUGGUCAAAAUGAUCAAUAACAGACUUGCUCCACCUGUACAGUAUAGACACAAGUCGAAACAACUUAAAACCGUCGGUAUUUUGGAUCUUCCGGGCUUUGAGAACUUGAGGACCAACAGUUUAGAGCAGCUUCAUUUUAACUUGGCGGAGGAGAGGCUCCAGGAUCAAGUGACUGAACUGGUCUUCCGGCAAGAAUUCUAUGACCUUGAAACUGAUGGCAUCAAAGUUGAAAACACCAACUUCAGGGACAACUCAGAGGUUCUUGAUGCUUUCUAUGAUAGCAAUAUUGGCUUGCUACGCCUUAUCGACGAGAACUCAGACCCCAGUCCGAACUCCGAAAUGGCCCUGCUGAACGACAUCAGCAAGAGACACAGCAUGAAAUCCUCUGUAGUGAAGACAGAUCCUACAAGUAACACAUUCAUGGUCAUUCACCAUCGGGGGCAGGUUAUAUACAACAUCGAGGUAUUGCUGACAAAGAACAGACCGGUCAGUGUCCGAACCUUUGACGCUUUACUGGAAUACAGCCAGAAACCCUUACUGCAUGAACUCAUGUCCACGCCACACGACAGACGUUCACGACGUUCUAGUCAAGCUGACGACACACCUGAUGACCUCACGUUAACACAGAAACAUGCGGAAGCUCUGAGGGCGAUGUUCCGACGACUAGAAGGACGAGAAAUGCAGCAUGUUUGGUGCAUCCGUCCCAACAUGACGUUGCAACCAGGUGUGUUUGACGCGGACGUUGUCGCCAGACAGUUGACUGCCAUGAACGUUGUCGAAGCUGCUCGCAUAAGGUCCAUCGGUUACCCUGUCAGGAUCACUAUCAGAGACUUCAUUGAUCGGUAUAGAUUUGUGGGCUUCCCUCUUUCUGCCCGGAUCGACUCACCACAGGGGGCGUGCCACCGGGUAAUUAGAAAAGCUGGAAUCCCUGACGGAGGGUGGCAGGUCAGACAAAGGAAGGUGAUGUUGGCAUGGUGGCAUCAGGACUAUUUAGACACGGCAUUAGAACGGGCUCUUCGUCACGUGAUCUUCGUACAGAGUCGACUGCGAGGCUACGUUGCUCGUCGAAAGUUUCACAGAAUGAGAAGACACUUCCGGGCAGACAAGGACGAGUUAUCGGACUUUCUUGAGGACGUCAGUGAUCACAGCCUGAGAACUUACUACGCUUGUCAAGCCCAAAGCGACCACAACACCAGGGAAAUAGAGAGACAGUACACUGGUCGAGACGGAGGACGGGGACAGAUACGGACCUACAGCGACCGCGUCGGGCGCGACUCCCACUACAGCAGAUCUGGGUAUGGCGGACAGUCGGAAGUAUACAAUGACUAUAUCGAUCAAAGUUUAGAUGACAACACUACUUUCAAGCAGACGGUGUUACAUGACGUGACCUCCAAACGUGACCUUGACCCUAUUACGUGGUGCAAGGUCAUCUGUAUGGAGUAUGAUCGCCCAGUUGGCAAGUUCUACGUACAGAAAAGAGAAAUACACAUCGACGGUACCUAUAAUCCCUUCGAUGGAGACAGAGUAGGAAUUGGAGUGUUUCGAAAUCCAGAGCGAUCUAGAACGACGGAGACAAUCCGAGCCUACCUUGGACAGGGGCUAAUUCUCCACCAUGACACCGAUGGGAGUAUAUGGGCAAAGCGGUUAUCAAACAAUGAGGUCAUCGUUCAAGGUUAUGAUGACCCAGGCAAUCACUCUCUGUCAGCUGACGUAAUUCUGAACAAGGGAGUGUUGUUUUCUCCUGUAGACUUCCUCAUGGCCAGUCUAUGAAGGUGUUUGACAUGAAAGAGUUGCGCAGCCGUAUUGGCCUAGAACUGAAGUCACAUACUUUCAACAGGACUCGUCUUCGUCAUCAGACCAUUGUCUGCUUUAGCUUACUGGAAGAAGAGGAGACCAUUCUCGAUACUCCAUGUUGGAUUUGUGUGGUCAACAUCCACGCCCUCAAUGCCCUGGAGAAUCAAGAUGUAAUGUCCCAGGUAGAGAAGAUGAUGACACAGGCAGAGCUCCGUACUGAGGAGGAAGACUUAAAUGAUGAGAAGGCCCAGGAUGCCAAGGGGGAGGCAUUUCAGGAGACGGUGGUCACGGACAGAUCAAAGAGAGAGUUUCACUAAAGGAGAAACAUCAUCAAGGAAGCUUAGGAUCGGCUUGAGGAAGAGAGGGGAAGAUGUAAAGAAUCACAUGGACUACAGCUGGGACACAGAUUCACGAGGAAACUCUUCACGGAAACAAAUGACGGUAGACUCUCUUCAAGAACAAGUCAUGGGAAACCCCGACGGUGAAUUGGAUGGCAGGAGAUCCGGACCGUUUUCGCCUACCGGUACCGGUAAAACACGUGAGUGGGCGAAGGUCAAGGUCGCAGUGAAGACGUCAGUUGUUAAAGAAGAAAGCGAGAUGGACGCCAUGAUGAAGUCCAGAAUGUCCAGAUAUUAAACGGAAGCGAUAUACGGAAGAUAAAUUGAAUGUCAAAAAAUGUGAACAGCAAUUGUUUCCUUAGCUGAUAAAUGUCAAAAGUAAUGCAGUAUGUUUGAUGGCUUGUUGAUCAGCAAAGAAACGUGGCUCCAGGAAGUACUUUUGGGGUUCUUACUAGGUGUAUCUCAUUCUAUUAUAUUGAUAAUCCCAGCAUUACUGUAUGCAGGAUACUGAUGAAUGAACAUAGAAAUGUACUCAUCGUUCUUAUAAAAGAUAUCAUAUAUAUUUCCAUGAUCCCUUUAUAUCACAUGUAUCGAUGUCUUUUGACAAUCUAAAUGCGUUUUCUUUGUGUCAUGAUUAUGCCAAUCCCUAUAAAACAAACUCAUUAAAGGUACGUCAAAUGUCCACCAUCCAUGUUAGUCUUUCUAAUAUUGACAAUCAUAAGAAUAUUUAGUGCAAACAGUACGUUGCAAGUAUGUCAAUCUCUUGAAAUGUACGUGCUAUGCACAACAAAACUGGUAUGUAUGUCACUCUCGUUACAUUUGCACAAAAUGUAAGUUUCUUUCAAUGUACAGUAUACAUUUGUCCAUGUCUCUAAAUGGAAAUGACGUAGAUGUCUUUAAAUGUACAUCGAUAUUUGUCCAUAUUUUUAAAUGUGCAACAUAUUUGUGUCCAUAUCUUUGAAUGUCCAUGGUAAAUACAUGUAAAUGAACAUCGCACAUAUGUCCAUAUCUUUCAAUGUGUAUUAUGUACACAUUCAUGUCUAUAUCUUGACAUAUGCAUCAUAUGUUCAUACAUGAUUGUAUGUUUGAAAGUGCGUCACAUCUAUAUGUCCAUAUCUAUACAUGUACAUCAUAUGCAUAUGCUUGUCAAUAUUAAGAUUUCGUCAGUUUUCUGUCUGUGGUCCGGGAGAUGAUUUUGCUCAAGCAUAUAAUCGGUUCCACUCAAUCCACGCUAAUGUAUUGAGCAAAGUGGCUGAUCAAUUGUCUGCCAUGGACAUAUUCAGAUUUUCUGUUUGUAACGGUUCUGUUCCCCUGCCUUGGGAGGCGUAACUGGUUAGUGUUCCUAGGCAUCAGGGUCCAAGUAGGCCAAGUUGAUGAUGUGUGUUCUUGAAACUGUAGAUGAUUCAGAUAUUUCUUUUACUUGCACCAAAGCUUUUUUAAUGUUAUACGGAAAACCCUCAAAGUGAAUUGAUUCUUCAGUGGCCUUUUUAUAUAAUAUAUGAACAACCAAAACAGUUUAAACCUUGGCUUUCUUGUAACCGUUUAGCGAAGUGUCUGACAUAUUUGGACUGUCUGGUUGUCUAUGGCAACUGCCCCGUACAAAAUAUCCCUCCCAUUGAAUCCCUGUGGUGAAUAGUACGGGACAUGACAUGUAUAACGAGCAUAGCAAAUACUUGAGGUAGAAUUUGCGAAUAUAUUUAGUGCGAAUUUUAUCGUUUACUUCAAUGAUAUCCAAAACAUGGCUACUGAUACCCUAUUUAGUAUUGACGAAAUGUGUGGGCACUUUAAGAACGGGUGUGUUACAAUUAUGUGCAAUCGUGCAGAUACUUUAAAUCUGUUAAACUACUGAUAAAUUGUUUGUUUUUUAUAGAUAUACUUGUCGCUUAUUGUGUUCAUCAUUUAAUCAUACAUUACUCAAGCCAAAUUUAUGUCCAUCGCUCUCUAUUCCAAAUGUGCUAAAACAUGUAUUUCCAGCCAAGAGUAUAUACAUAAUGCAAUACUGACGUUUCUUUAUUCUCUGACAACUAUUCGCCUCAAAUAGCUGCAGGACUGACGAGCGACGUUUAAAAGUAAUCACUCAUUCAUUGACAAAUAAAAUCAAAUAAUAUUGCAAUUUUUCAUAUGAAGUAACUAUCACAAAUGUAUUGUACUGAGCUAAUACCCGGUGAACGGUGAACGCUUAAUAGUCCUUUGACAACAUGUGAGCCGCUGGUCAAAUCUCUUUUUGGGGAUGAAGAUUAUCAUUCAUAUGACUGACUGGAUGAAAGGAUGAACAUUCAUAACUAUCUGGUGUUAUAACCUGAAUGAUUUAGACGUAUUUUGAUGUGUAUAUCUUUAGUUAUGGACUUGGUAUAUCAUCAUGUAAUGCUUAUCAUUUUUACUAUUGUAUAUGGAAAAAUAAAACACAUUAUGACACCCCUCA